AACAACAUCGUAUUUUCCAUUUAUCGAAAAUUAUGGAAUCGAUAAAAAGUCUGUUCUUGAUAGCGAAGGAUCCGAAACAGACGAGAUGGGUCUCGCCUCUACUCAUCGCUGGCGAUGCAGUGUUGUGUCUAGCGAUCAUAUGGAAAAUUCCAUACACGGAGAUUGAUUGGGUCACAUAUAUGCAGCAGAUUGACGCCUACGUGAAAGGCGAAAAGAAUUACUACAAAAUCGAGGGUGACACGGGGCCGCUCGUGUACCCAGGCUUGCACGUGUACAUAUACAGGAUCCUACAUGCAUUGACAAAUCGAGGUCAGAACAUCGUAGUUGGACAGGUUCUAUUCGCGCUGGUCUAUCUUGCUACCCUGGCUGUCGUUAUGGCUUGCUAUCGUCGUGCCAAGGUUCCGCCUUACGUGUUUCCAUUGCUGGUGCUAUCCAAGCGCUUGCACAGCAUAUACAUGUUGCGGCUGUUCAAUGACUGCUUCGCCGUUCUCUUUCUAUGGCUCACGAUUUAUGCGUAUCAAAAGAAGCAAUGGGUCCUGGGAACAACCUACCUCAGCUGCGGUGUUGGCGUCAAAAUGAGCAUUCUUCUGUCCAUCCCCGGUGUAUCCUUUGUCUUGCUUCAGGCCAUCGAGCUUGAGCGUUCGAUCACAAUGGCGCUUUUGGUUGCGCAAACACAGGGUCUGUUCGCAUAUGAAUUUGUGCGAACCCAUUGGCGUGCAUAUGUCUACCGUGCAUUCGACUUUGGCCGUCAGUUUCUCUACAAAUGGACAGUGAAUUGGCGCUUCGUCCCAGAGGACAUCUUCCUGUCUAGAUCGUUCUCUAUCAGCUUACUGGCAGCACAUGCAGCCCUCCUACUACUCUUUGCGUGGACACGCUGGGUCAAGCCAUCAAAGAAGUCUUUACCGGAGACGAUUCAGUUCUUCAUGUCUGAAAUGGCGGACUGGCGCGUUGCCGAAGCCAUAUCCGACAGAGUCACACCAGACUACAUACUGACAACUAUUCUAACAUCAACUGCCAUUGGAUUGCUGUGCGCUCGCUCUCUUCACUAUCAAUUCUACUCUCUGGUAGCAUGGUCGACACCGUUCAUGCUAUGGCGUAGUGGAUUGCACCCGGUGUCGAUAUACGUCUUGUGGGGGGCGCAGGAGUGGGCGUGGAACGUGUAUCCGAGCACGAAUGCUUCUUCCGGUGUCGUCGUCGGAUCUCUUGCUCUUAGUCUGGCAAUGUUGUGGUGGGGAACGCGCACCGAAGAGCAAGACGCGGUCAAGCAUGAGCAGCACGAACAUGUAGAAUAGGUCGGCUCAACACUCGUCCUCGUCACUGCUGGAGGGCAUUUUGCCGACAUUAUAGUCUUCCCUUUCCUCGUCGUCGUCAUCGCUAUCGCUAUAAAC